GUUCUGCCCGUCUCUCCGCAGUCCACGGAGGCUCUGGAGUUCAUGAAGCGGGACCUGGCGGAGUUCACGCAGGUGGUGCAGCACGACACGGCCUGCACCAUCGCGGCCACGGCCAGCGUGGUCAAGGACAGGCUGGCGAGGACAGAGGUUCCUUCGGGUGCAACAGAAAAGGUGAGGAAAGGGCUCUCUGACUUCCUGGGCGUCAUCUCGGACACGUUUGCUCCUUCUCCAGACAAGACCAUUGACUGCGAUGUCAUCACGCUGAUGGCAACGCCAGCAGGUACCACGGAGCCCUACGACAGUGCCAAGGCCCGUCUCUACAGCCUUCAGUCCGACCCAGCCACCUACUGCAACGAACCCGACGGCCCCGCGGAGCUCCUUGAGGCCUGGCUCUCUCAAUUUAAGCUAGAGGAGAAGAAAGGGGAGAUCUCGGAGCUGCUGGCGAGCAGCCCUUCCAUCCGCGCGCUCUACAGCAAGAUGGUCCCCGUGGCCGUGUCUCAUUCUGAAUUCUGGCAGCGCUACUUCUAUAAAGUGCAUCGCCUGGAGCAGGAUGAGGUGCGGAGGGAAGCGCUGAAGCAGCGAGUGGAGCAGAGCAUGCACCGAGAGGAGCCCGGCUGGGAGGAGGAUGAAGAGGAGUUCUUGGGAAUGUCCCCCCUGCCUUGUGCAAAUGUGAAAUUUCCAGAAGCAGCAGAGAAGGAAUCAGCCCCCGCGGGAAGCGCCGCCCCGCAGGGACCCUCGCAGGAGAGCGGGGCUGCCCCGCGCCCCGCCGCGGCCCCCGCGGAGGGGAGCCCCUCCGAGAGCAGCGAGAGCGUCUCCCUCGUGACUCAGGUUGCCAACCCCGUGCCCGCCGCCGCGCAGCUACAGACUGGGGCCCAGGAGCUGUCACGGAGGCUGCAGGAGGCCACCCCCGAGGAGCCCGGCCCCGCGGCCGCCACGGAGCUCAGGGAGGCGGAGGCCAAAGCCCCGGCCAGGACAGAGACUCUGAAAGAGGAAGGGCCGACGGAUUUGCGAGUCUUCGAGCUCAACUCGGACAGCGGGAAAUCCACGCCCUCCAACAACGGCAAGAAGGGCUCCAGCACGGAUAUCAGCGAGGACUGGGAAAAGGACUUUGAUCUGGAUAUGACCGAAGAGGAGGUGCAGCUGGCGCUCUCCAGGGUGGAGGUGUCCGGGGAGCUGGAAGAUGAAGAGUGGGAAGACUGGGAAUAAAGCUUCCAGUGUGCGUGGCAGGCUCAUCUCCACCAUCGAAUGUGAAUUAAAUCACGGACCGGCUAUUCCUUUGUGUGUAACUGUGCUGGGGAUUGCAGUUCCAGGCUGGAAGAAUUUCAUCCCUGCUAAAUCCUGUGGGCAACUCGAGCGACCUGCUGGGAUGUGGAGG